CAGUUCUAAAUUUUCUGACGUUUAGCUCUAACAAUCUCUGACACAUAUGUGUCUUACUAAAUAAAUAUAAAUUUGCAAAGAAAACAAAAUGGUAGUGUCCAAUUAUGAUGCACUACGCAAACAGGCUCGUUUAUUGGAAAAUGAAAUCGAUCUUAAGUUGGUGGCUUUUAGCAAAAUAGGAGGUAGCUCCAGUUCAUCAAUUGGUCAUAGUAGUUCAAAUGCCGAUACAUCACCUUUGUUAGGGGAACACCUAUUCGAUUCGCUGUCAGAAGAAAUUGCCCAGAUGUUGGAUAAGCUUUCAUCUAUCAACGAGUCUAUGACUGAAUUACCCACAACAGGUGCUGCUGCUAUGCAUACGUUACAACGUCACCGAGAAAUUCUGCAGGGAUAUCGGCAAGAAUUCAAUAAAAUCAGCGCCAAUCAUACAAUGCGCUUAGAACGUGAAGAGCUUUUAAGGGGUUCCGGCUUAAACAGUCCAUCAAUAUCUGGCCUAAGUAGACGAGAUAUGUAUUUAAAAGAAAGUUCUCACAUAAAUAGUUCCAAUACCUUGGUAAAUGAUCAGAUUAACAUAGCUAUUGAGACGAGGGAGCACUUGCUAUCACAAAGGCAUGCUUUCAAACGUAUGCAAACGCGUUUUAAUGACAUUUCAAAUCGUUUUCCUUUAAUAUCGAGCCUAAUUCAACGCAUCAACAUUAAAAAGAAACGUGAUGCAUUAAUAUUGGGUGCUGUUAUUGGCGUUUGUGUAAUAUUGUUGUUAAUAUACGCUUUUAAUUAGCGACAUAUGCGAUUUCCUGUGUAAUUAAUCAAAAAAACUUUUUAAAACUUUAAAAUAAUGACGGACUAUCCCUUUAAAAUUAAGCCAUUAGUAUAAUGACUGCAAAAGUGUAUAAGUACGAAAGAUGUAGAAACAAUAAUAUAUUCUUUAUUUACGUAAAACGACAUUAUAUUUUUAAUAAAUGAGUUAAAUCAUAAUAAAGAUAUGAGAAAAAUCAA